CAAGUUUGACUGGACCCCGAAAAUAGAGAAAAAGAUGGGGGGCAUCACUCCCACAAUUUACUCCCUCUCUCUUUCUCUCUCCCCCAAAGCCCACCAACUUGCCUUUGUAUUCUAUAUUCUUGUUUCUGUCUCACUUUACUUCCUCUAAAGCAUCAAAAACUCCCUCCUCUUUCUCCAAGCCAUUUUUUUUUCCUUCUUUUUUUUCUUUUCUUUUUCCUCUCCUUCUAAACUAAGCCAUUUAUCUUUUGUUCAUCAUUUCACCCUUCUGAUCCUGCAAGCUGCAGACUUGUGUGAAUCUGCAGAAAGCAAGAGUGUCACAUUCACAUGAACAGUUUUGGGGGUGUUUUGCCUUCUGGGUUCCAAAAUUGGCAGUCAAAGAGAAAAGAAAAAAGAAAACAUUAAACGACUGAAAUGAAAUGCUAGUACUGUACUUGCUGGUUUGAGUAUCACAGCCCGACAUUUCUGAACAUCGUACCCAGAGGUUCUGUCACUCCGAGCUUCUAAGCAGAGCCCACUUGAGAAAAUGUGUGGAAAUUUUGCAAGGUUCAGCUCAGAUCUGAAAUGAAGCAAACUGGUUAAGUUUAGGUGAAUGAAUUUUGUAUAGUUGGUGCUGUUUUCAUCAGCCAUCUGCAAAAAAAGAUUCUUUUUUUCAUGAGUUUCUGAAAGGAUGAUGAUGAUGAAGAGAGAUUAGAUCAGAACAAGGAGGGGGUAGCUGUUAGUACAUGAUGGGAUUCUUCUGCUUUCUUUUGCUGUUUGUUUUUCACUUCUACCUGCUCCUAAGUUUGGCCUCAGGCGCCAGAAAUUUGUCUUCAUCUAAACAACUACAACAAGAACAAAGCCAGAGUGAUGAUGAUGAGGUGGGGCUGCUGUUGGCUUUCAAACAAUCCUCUGUUCAAUCUGAUCCCCAUGGUUUCUUGUCUGAUUGGAAAGCUGAUUCUGCCACCCCUCUCUGCUCAUGGAGGGGCCUCACCUGCUCUUCUGAUGGCCACGUCAUCACCAUCAACCUCUCCAACGCUGGUCUCAUUGGCAGCCUACACUUUCCAACUCUCACGGCCUUGCCGAGUCUCCAAAAUCUCUAUCUGCAAGGCAAUUCAUUCUCUGCUGCUGAUCUCUCUGUCUCCAACAGAACCUCAUGUAGACUUGAGACUGUGGACUUGUCCUCCAACAACAUCUCUGAACCUUUUCCAAGUCCAUCUUUUCUUCUGGGUUGUGAUAAUCUUGCUUCUGUUAACCUCUCUCACAAUUCAAUCCCUGGUGGCAGUCUCAGCUUUGGUUCUUCUCUGCUGCAGCUUGACCUCUCUCACAAUCAGAUUUCUGAUACAGCCUUGUUGACAUGUCAAAAUCUGAAUCUGCUCAAUGUUUCCACUAACAAGCUCACUGGAAAACUGAGUGAUUCUCUCUUUUCUUGCAAGAAUCUAUCAACCCUUGACCUUUCAAACAAUACUUUUUCUGGGGAAAUACCAAGCAGCUUCCUGGCAAAGGCCUCAGCAUCUCUCAAGUAUUUGGAUCUCUCAAGCAACAAUUUCACUGGAAAAUUCUCCAACCUUGAUUUUGGGCAGUGCAGAAGCAUCACUUUGCUGAAGCUAGCACACAACGCACUCUCUGGGGAUCAAUUUCCUGUAAGCCUUGGUAACUGUCAGGUUCUGGAGACACUAGACCUCUCCAAUAAUAAGCUUGAGAACAAAAUUCCUGGUGUUUUGUUGGGCAAUCUCAAGAAAUUGAGGCAACUGUUUUUGGGUCAUAAUCAUUUUUCUGGUGAAAUUCCAACUGAACUAGGAAGGGCUUGUGGGACUCUUCAGGAACUUGAUAUCUCUGUUAACAAUCUUUCUGGAGGGUUGCCUUCAAGUUUUGCAUCCUGCUCUUCUUUGUUUAGUCUCAAUCUUGGUCGCAAUCAGCUCUAUGGAAAUUUCCUUAGUUCCAUUGUAAGUAGUCUUCCUAGUUUGAGAUACCUAUAUGUGCCAUUCAACAACAUAACUGGUCCUGUGCCACUGUCUCUUACCAAUGGUACUCGGCUUCAAGUGCUCGAUCUCAGUUCUAAUGCCUUCACGGGGAACGUCCCUUCAGGGUUUUGCUCCUCCAAUGCUCCUUCAGCUUUGGAAAAGAUACUUCUAGCCAACAAUUUUCUCUCCGGGACUGUGCCCUCGGAACUUGGAAACUGCAAGAACCUGAAGGCUAUUGAUCUUAGUUUUAACAGUCUGAGUGGUCCAAUUCCUUCAGAAAUUUGGAGCCUGCCAAAUCUCUCUGACUUGGUUAUGUGGGCAAACAACCUCGCUGGUGAAAUCCCAGAAGGUAUUUGCAUCAAUGGAGGAAACCUGGAAACUCUGAUUCUCAACAAUAAUCUCAUCACUGGAACCAUUCCCCGGUCCAUAGCCAAAUGCACCAAUAUGAUUUGGGUGUCACUAGCUAGCAACCGCCUUACGGGAGAUAUCCCUUCUGGUAUUGGAAAUCUCAUUAAGCUUGCUAUACUUCAGUUGGGUAACAAUUCACUCUCUGGACAGAUUCCAGCUGAGCUUGGCAAGUGUCAGAGCCUUAUUUGGCUUGAUUUAAACAGCAAUGACCUAAGCGGUUCUAUCCCAUCAGAGCUUGCCAACCAAGCUGGCCUAGUCUCUCCUGGAACCGUUUCCGGGAAGCAGUUUGCAUUUGUGAGAAAUGAGGGUGGGACAUCCUGCAGGGGUGCAGGAGGACUAGUUGAGUUUGAGGGAAUCCGAGCAGAGAGACUGGAAAAGUUUCCUAUGGUGCACUCUUGCCCAUCAACUAGAAUUUACUCUGGCUUGACAGUUUACACAUUCACCAGUAAUGGCAGCAUUAUCUACCUUGAUCUAUCCUACAAUUCCUUGUCUGGAAGCAUUCCUGACGACUUAGGUACACUGUCCUAUCUGCAAGUCUUCAACCUUGGGCACAACAUGCUAACUGGAAAUAUUCCUGAUAGCUUUGGAGGAUUAAAAGCAAUUGGAGUCCUUGAUCUCUCUCACAAUAAUCUUCAGGGCGCUUUGCCGGGAUCAUUGGGGACUCUCUCUUUUCUGAGUGAUCUUGAUGUGUCUAACAACAACCUCAGCGGUCUCAUCCCUUCCGGAGGUCAGCUGACCACUUUCCCAGCAUCCAGAUAUGAGAACAACUCUGGCCUUUGUGGGGUACCCUUGGGAGCAUGUAGCUCUCAAAGGCACUCAGCAAAUUCCAGAGUUGGAAGAAAAAAGCAAUCUAUGACUUCAGGAAUGGUAAUUGGCAUCACAUUCUUUUUCUUCUGCAUUCUUAUACUUGCAUUAGCUCUAUAUCGAGUGAAGAAGUACCAGCAGAAGGAGGAAAAGAGAGAGAAGUAUAUUGAAAGCCUUCCAACUUCAGGCAGCAGCAGCUGGAAACUUUCCAGUGUUCCUGAGCCGCUCAGCAUCAACAUAGCCACAUUCGAGAAACCUUUGCGGAAGCUGACCUUUGCCCAUCUACUUGAAGCAACAAAUGGUUUCAGUGCAGACAGCCUGAUAGGUACUGGAGGGUUUGGUGAGGUUUACAAGGCACAACUGGGAGAUGGCUGUGUUGUUGCUAUUAAGAAGCUUAUUCAUGUCACAGGUCAAGGAGACAGGGAGUUUAUGGCAGAAAUGGAAACUAUUGGGAAAAUCAAGCACCGAAACCUGGUUCCAUUGUUGGGGUACUGCAAGAUUGGGGAGGAGAGACUUCUUGUGUAUGAGUACAUGAAAUGGGGAAGUCUGGAGGCUGUUCUUCAUGAUAAGUCUAAGGGAGGGGUCUCUAGGCUGGAUUGGGCAGCACGAAAGAAGAUUGCCAUAGGCUCUGCUAGAGGUCUAGCAUUCCUUCACCAUAGUUGCAUACCUCAUAUCAUCCACCGGGACAUGAAGUCUAGCAAUGUUCUUCUAGAUGAAAAUUUUGAGGCCAGAGUAUCUGAUUUCGGCAUGGCGAGAUUGGUGAAUGCCCUCGAUACUCAUCUUAGUGUGAGCACCCUUGCAGGUACUCCAGGUUAUGUUCCCCCUGAGUACUACCAGAGUUUUAGAUGCACCGCAAAAGGGGAUGUCUACAGUUAUGGUGUUAUACUGCUAGAGCUUCUCUCUGGGAAAAGGCCUAUCGACCCGUCAGCGUUUGGUGAUGACAACAACCUGGUUGGAUGGGCAAAGCAGCUUCAGAGGGAUAAGAGAUGUAAUGAGAUACUGGACACGGGGUUGUUGCCAGAGGUAUCCGGUGAGGCUGAACUAUACCAGUAUCUGAGGAUUGCCUUUGAGUGCCUAGAUGACAGGCCAUUCCGCAGGCCAACCAUGAUUCAGGUUAUGGCUAUGUUUAAAGAGCUUCAGGUUGAUUCAGAGAACGAUGUCCUCGAUGGCUUUUCGCUGAAAGAGACUGUUGUUGAGGAACCAUAAAAGACCAAUUAAACUAUAAAGCUAUGGCUAUCCGGUUGUGGUUCCAAUUAACGAAGUUUCUGAGAUCGAAAACAGGGAUUCGAUCGAUCCUUCACAUUAUGCGGGCUGUAUAUAAUAGAACCGUGAAUCAAAGAGAGAGGUAGAAGAAAUGCUUAGGGAGAACAGAGUAAAUGGAGUCUUUUAGUAGCUCAAAUCUGGUAAAGUGUGUAUUCGUUCAUUU